CCCUCCUUAGGCCCAAGGCCCCCACCAAAAUCCAAGCCAUGGCCUCCUCCUCUCUCCUCCGGCUCGCAAACCGCCUGCGGUCAUCGAUCCAAACCCGAGUCCGAACCCGAAUCCAGGCCCCCAUUCUCCAGCCUCCGUCACCAACAGGACACUCCUACUGCACUCGGCCGCAGCGGGCCCCCCGCGCGGGCCUCUCGUCCGUCAUCUUCCCCCUGGGCCAUCCGAGCAUCAGCAUCACGCCCGAGCUCGAUCGAUGGGUCGACAACGGGAACAGAGUGCGCAAAGUUGAGAUCCAGGACUUGGUCCGAGACCUACGCAGGCGCCGCAGGUACAAGCAAGCUCUUGAGGCCUCUGAAUGGAUGAAGUACAAAGCCAAUGUAUCCUUCGGUCCAAGUGACCAUGCUGUUCAAUUGGACUUAAUCGGUCAAGUUCACGGUGUCCCCUCUGCCGAAACUUACUUCAACAACUUGGCCCAGAAUGAAAAGACCGAGAAAACCUGUGGUGCUCUUUUAAAUUGCUAUGUGAGAGAACGUCAAACUGAUAAAUCCCUGACCCAUUUCCAAAAAAUGAAAGAAAUGGGUUUCGUCUCCUCCGCUCUCCCUUACAAUGACAUCAUGUGCCUCUACGCAAAUCUCGGGGAACAUGAAAAAAUCCCUUCAGUUCUCGCUGAAAUGAAGGAAAACAACAUUCUUCCGGAUAAUUUCAGCUAUAGAAUCUGCAUCAAUUCUUACGGCGCGAGAUCAGAUAUCGAUGGAAUGGAAAAGGUUUUAGUAGAAAUGACGCAUCAGCCUCAACUUGUUGUCGAUUGGAACACGUAUUCAGUAGUUGCAAAUAUCUACAUCAAAGCAGGACUCAAUGAAAAAGCUGUUUCAGCACUGAAGAAAGCAGAAGAGAAGCUCGAUAAAAACAGUGGUUUAUGUUACAAUCAUCUAAUAUCUCUUUAUGGUCAGCUAGGUAACAAAAUUGAGAUGUAUAGAAUAUGGGAGCUUCAAAAGUUGAGGCUUAGGAGAUUUAUCAACAGAGACUAUACUACAAUGCUCGGUUCGCUGGUGAAGCUUGGUGAAAUUGAAGAAGCGGAAACUUUGCUUACAGAAUGGGAGUCCAGUGGAAAUUCUUUCGAUUUCCAAGUACCGAAAAUUCUUCUUACAGGGUAUCGACAGAAGGGAUUGCUCCAAAAGGCUGAGACUUUGCUCGAUAAUUAUGUCAAAAAAGGCAAGAAACCACCAUCGAGCAGUUGGGGUAUUUUGGCAGUAGGUUAUGCAGAGGGAGGCGAUAUUCGAAAAGCGUACGAGUUUAUGUUGAAUGCUCUUAAUGUUUAUGGUGGAAGUGGGGGUUGGAAGCCAAACUCAGUUGUAACUGAAAAAAUAUUGUGUUAUCUUGGUGACGAAGGUGGCGUUGAAGCUGCAGAGGUUUUUGUUGGUUUGUUGAGAAAGGCGGUUGCAAUUGAUAGAGAUAUGUAUCAUGCAUUGAUCAAGGCUAGCAUUAGAGCGGGGAGACAAGUUGAUGAGAUCUUGGAGAGGAUGAAAGCAGAUGGGAUUGAGGAGAAUGAGGAAACAGAGGAGAUUCUGAGCUCUAAUAAGACUGAAACCGCAUCUUCUUCUUCUUAGUCAUUCAUACCUCUGGUCCUAACAAGUUUUAUUUCUACUAUGAUUGGGGUUUUAUUUGAAGGACCAAAAUGCUCCAUUUCCUUCUAACUGGACUUGUGUAUGUAAGAAAUUGGCUCUAGCUAGCACUAUUAUUUGCUUAUCUCGUGAUAUCUACGAAGUUACGAAAUUAUGAUAUAUGGUUGGAUGUUUGCAGGAGUAAUAUAGUACGUUACUUACUCUUUUUUGGGACUCUUUGCUCUUU